AUGUACUUUGAGCAUCUGCAGAGUCUUAUCGCAACGUACAAGACACAAACAGUGGCAAUGGAGCAGGUCACAGAGCACUAUCGAGUGUUACACGAGGCGUUGGUGAUUGAAGAGCAUAAAAAGAAGUCGCCAAUCGUCAAAGAGAUGGAUUGUACCCAAGACACCAUCAUUCGAAUAACAAAGGAGUUGACAGAUAUUCACAUGUUGUUCAACACAAUCAAGGUGACUGAUAGUGAGCCUGAUAACAACGCGUUGAUGAACGCCGUCAUGUCAAGCAGCAGUGCCAAUCAGUACAUUAGGACGAUACAUCCGAGCACUGUUGUCGAGCCGAUCAAGUGCACAGAGCACGCGUUGUUGGCCAGAUUCAUGGAGUGCAAUGAGAACAUGUCGUCAAGCAAGUAUCAACUCAGUCAUCAUUUCAGCACCAAAAGGAUUCCAUACUUAAAUGCUAGAUCUGGAGAGGAUUGUAACUGA